GUUCAGGCAUGGCCACCUCCUGUCUCAACGCGGUUAGGGUUCGAUUGUACUUUGAUUAUCCUCCUCCCGCGACACCUGAGUGUCGGAUGUGUUGGUUGCUGGUGGACUUGAACAAAUGCCGAGUUAUCGCAGAUCUUUCCAGCAUUAUAAAGGAAAAGUUUGGCUACAGCCGUAAGACUAUUUUAGACUUAUUUAUUGAGGAUUGCUACCUGCCUUCCACAGAAAGUAUUUAUAUAGUACGUGACAAUGACAGUAUAAGGGUAAAGGUAUUCAGUUCUGUUUAUGGUAAUGGUGCCGAGGCUUACCAGAACUCUGAAGCAAAAAUCUCAAAGACCAAGAAAAGAGUGAGAGAGGAUGAGACGCAGGUCUGUGAAGGUCUAAGUAAAAAAAAGAAGCAUGAAGAUGCUCAUAGCAAUGCAGAGGAUGGCAAAAAGAAGAAAAAGAAGAAAAAAGAGGUGAAAGAGUCAGCCACCAAACCUGCCACCCCUCAAAAGAACAUUGUAAGCCCCUCCUCUUCGAAAAACAACAGAAAAAGCACUUCAGCUGUCGCCAUCAGUGACAAAACUACUCGUACAAAGAAUCAUGAACCAACGUCAAAUUCUUCAGAUAGCAGUGAGGAUGAAUCUCACAAAAAGGCCCCUCCACCAAAACCUAAACCCAAGCAGAAUGGUGCAACCAAAAAGCCUGCGCGAAAAGAAAGCACAUCAUCGGAUUCAUCAUCUUCGGGUGCUGUUAAUAUAUCCAAAAGCAGCAUCACUGUACAGCCACUUCCUGCUACACCUAAACCAUCUAGCACAAACUCAAAACUUCUACUACAGACACCUCAACGUAGAGAGAGCUCCACAGAUUCGUCUUCCUCCUCGUCAUCACCCAGCCGAAUCAAACCUGUAGCCAAGAAAUCACAAGCAGCAAGUCAACCCUCCUCAACCACUCAAAAUUCAGUUCAGUCGGUCUCGUCUUCUGUGUCUAAAGAGCCCCAGGAUAAGGCAGAGAGCUCAGACUCUGAUGCCAGUGAAAUAGAGCUUGUGAUUAAAAAACCAAACCUACAAGGAAUGGGAUUGAAAAUUGCUGGUUUGAGACCCUGUGCUAGUGAGGCAGCAGGCAGAGACCGAGGAAACACAAGAGGUCAGGAGAGAGGUAGAGGUCGAGGCGCAAAUCGAGGCAAUUGGAGAGGAGAUUUUGGUAGGGCCAAGGGAACACCGUGGAAACAAGACUCUCCUUUCGAGCGGCAGAAGCCGAACGAUUCUCUGACUAAUGAAAGUUUUAUUCUGCAGAAUCCACCUGAACCGGCUCCCAAACGAGACUACGCAGCUUUACCCUUGCUGGCAGCUCCUCCUGCAGUGGGUCAAAAAAUCGCUUUUAAGCUUUUGGAGCUGACUGAGAACUACACACCAGAGGUGUCUGACUAUAAAGAAGGGAAGAUUAUUGCAUUCAAUCCUCAAACAAAAGUGACGGAGCUUGAACUGCUCUCUCAACCUCAAGCUCCAGUUGAACCUGGCAAGUUUGACCUGGUAUAUCAGAACCCUGACGGAUCAGAGAUAGUGGAGUAUGCUGUCACACACGGAUCACAGCUGACUGAGCGCUGGGAUUCUCUUCUGGAGCCCCGGCUCAUUGUGGAAAAUGUCGGAUGAUGGUCAGAGAGAACAUGUACCCUGAGACGCACCUAUUCGGAUAACCUUUCUUAUUUUAAUGUUGUUUUGUGGAAACGGCUCAUUCUCAUGAAAUUGUAUUAACCAUUUAUUUUUUAUUCUCAAUGUCAGUUAAA